UGCGGCCUCGUCGCCUCAGGUUGGGUCAGUCGGUGCUCGUCCGUUGAGCGGGGCGGUCGUUUAGAGGAGAGACUUCGUCGACGUUCGGUUUUUUUUUUUUUUUCAAAUAUAUCUAUCAUCUAUCUAUAUACACUCCCACGUCGUAGGCGAAAAUGGCUGAUCCGGCUGCCCAGUCCCCGUUUAUUUCUUCUUCGGCCGGGGGCGGCUCCUCCGAGGCGGGAGGACGAGACCUGAAGGGGGCAGGUUCCCCCCAAUCUUGCGCUGAUUCCUUUGUUACUUCCUCUCAGCCUGUCUCUCUCUUUUCGACCUCACAAGCUGGAGUUUAUUUAACACAUUCCGGGAAUCAGAGGGAAGCCAGCGGCAAAUCUGCUCUCCCCAAAGACCAAUCAGAGGAAGUCUUGGAAGGACCAAAACAAGGAAGCGUCCAAGGGACCAAGGAAGUUUCAAGGAUAGAGACCAUAUCGCUGGGAUCUCCUCGCCAAAUGGAAUUGCCCUUUUCGGUUGGAUCCAAAAUACAUAGCUGCGGCCCCAUCACGGAAGCGACUCCUCCGCGGGAGAAUUUCAGAGGAGCUAGUCCUCUGGAUGGUAAGACAGAUCAGAAUGGAUGCCAGCCAGAAGCAGAACGAGCGUCAAAAGGAGACACCCCCUUUGCACUGUUGGCCAACUCGGAAGACGAACGUGAGAAGGUUCCUUCUGAGAUUCUCGGUGCACAUUCCACUGCGUCUCCCAGGGUCGCCGUUGAGCCGCCCGUGGAAAAAGACUCCCCCGAAUCUCCCUUUGAGGUCAUUGCUGACCAACUGGAAUUUGAUACGGAGUUCAAAGAGGUCCUGACCAACAGUUCCAAGGAGAUCGGGAGCAACUGGGUGAUACACGGCGAAAGGGAGCUGUUGACUGACAUCCCAGAAGAUAGCAUUUGCGAGUUCCAGGCAAAACCCCGUAGCAGUGGGCGGCCUCCCUCAGGACCGGGGCUCUCUCGCCAGUCUUCAGGCACCACGGCGGCUCUAGAGGAAGUCUCCAAAUGUGUCCGUGAAAUGCACAGCUUCACCAACGAGCUGCUUAACUGGGACUUGAUUCCCAAGGACCUGGAAGACAAGGCGGAUGACUUUAUCAACGCAGGCUUUAAGGCCUCGUCCACCGAAACCAGCGGCGGUGUUCCAGAACCGGUGGCGAGGCCUAGCGAUAUGGAAACUGGCAAGGCUCACCAGCCUGUGACAAUCAGCCUCCACCCCAAAGGCAAGCCGUCUCCAAAAGUAGAAAAGAAUCAAGCCACGGUUGGCCAAGCCGUAGCUAUAGUGAAAAGUGCUCCUCUGGAAGCCAUCCAGAUGACAGCCGAGCUCUCCUGGCCAAAUCCAUGCUUGCCUGAAGCCGCCGAUGCGGAUAGCUCUGGAGAAUCUGAUGACACGGUCAUUGAAGAUGCUCCAGAUGACCUGACAUUCCCGAAUAAGGUGGUGGUUGAGAAUUGCCAGGGGUUCUCCAAACUCACAGGCUCUUCUGAAGCAGAAAUUGAAUACAUAGACGAGGAAGAGGAGGCAUCUGAUGAGCUUCAGGAAGACCAAAUGGCCUCCCAGUCCUUGGAAAGCCGUUGGCGAUUUGCUGAUGAGUUCAACGCAAUCCAGCCUACGGAGAGACUCUCUCCUGCAUCUCAGCCCUCCAGAGAACCUUCUAAAGCCAAGCAGGUGUUCGAUGCCGGGGAACUGGAGGUGCCGAGGAAGGCUCCCAAGGCCGAAGACCCUUCGAGGAAGAUCACUUUGGGCAGCGUCAAAGAGGUGGUGUGCCCCGAUGGGCUGGGCAGCGAGAGUUUUAUGGACUUCAUGAAGGAGUGCUUAAAAUCCAAAGGGGGUGAAUCCCCCGAGAUGUUCUCGGAGGCAGAGCUGAAGGCGGCUCGUUCCCAAGGAGCGUGGCCCUACUUCCAGCAGCCGCCCCAAGCAAAGCCAGAUUUUGAACACGAGCACAUCACCAUCACAGCCCUCAAAGAGGUGGGGAGGAAAGCCGAGAUGGAGACACCUGCGCUCUUCUCUCCCCCCCGGGGGAGGCAUUCCCGACAGUACUGUGAGUUCCCGCCCGAUGCUCCAGCGUCCGCUCCAAAGUCUGCCUUGGAGAAGAGACCGCUCUGCCUUGAGCAGGCCGUCGACGUGAUGCUGGUUCCCGCCGGCGUCAGUCUUGGGAAAACUCACCCGCUUGCUCCCGAGCCGCCGUCCGUACUACACGCCAUUACCAAAUUACUGGCUCAAUUCUCAGUGCGAGACCUGAUCUUCUGGAGGGAUGUCAAGAAGACGGGCACCGUCUUCAGCACCACCCUGAUCCUGCUGCUCUCCCUGGCCGCCUUCAGCGUCAUCAGCGUCGUCUCGUACCUCAUCCUGGCCCUGCUCUCCGUCACCAUCUGCUUCCGGGUCUACAAGUCCGUCAUCCAAGCUGUGCAAAAAUCCGAAGAUGGCCAUCCCUUCAAAGCCUACCUAGACAUGGACGUCGCUCUCUCCUCCGAGACCUUCCAUCACUAUGUCAGCGCCGCCCUGGUCCACAUCAAUCACGCCCUGAAAGCCAUCCUGCGCCUCUUCCUGGUGGAAGAUUUGGUUGAUUCACUGAAGCUCGCAGUCGUCAUGUGGCUGAUGACGUACGUCGGGGCCAUUUUUAAUGGGAUCACCCUCCUCAUCCUUGGGGAAUUGCUGGUUUUUAGCAUGCCGGUUGUUUAUGAGAAAUAUAAGACUCAGAUCGACCAUUAUGUCGGGAUCAUCCGGGAUCAAGCCAAAUCCGCCAUGACAAAGAUCCAAGCGAAGCUGCCCGGCACCGUGAAGAAAAAGCCCGAAUAAUCUUCUCCGGCACACGAAGACCCAGCCAUUAACAAAAUCCACACCACCACCAACAACAAAAUUACUCCCCUUGUGUCAUGGCUAUAAUCACUGUUACUCGUAUCUUAUGAAGGAACUUGCCAAGUCAGCUUGAUGUCUGCGUUCCAAGCUUACUGAUUGUGUUUUAUUAUUAUUAUAAUAAUAUUGUUAUUAUUAUUAUUAUUAUUACCAUCAUCCUCACCCCUUCCCUCCCCAAAAAGCCGAAACACUGAGCUCUUCGAAUGCACUGGAAUAAUCAUGAACUGGUUUAUCGGGUAGUUUUAAAAACUUGAGAAGGGGGUGGGGGUGGGGGUGGGGGGUGGCUUUGGAAAGAGCCCCCUGCAAGUGGGGAGGGGGGGGAAUCCUUGGAGAAAGACACCCCCACCUCCCACCACCUCCCCCACCCCUCAAAAGCAAAGGCCCCAUCGUUCCUCAGUUUCCCCCAGAGGUGAAGGGGGAAGGAACCAACCCAAGUUUUGUUUUUCCCCUUCGCUCCCCCCCUCCCCUCCUUCCGUGGUGAAAUGUGGGGUCUCCAAUUUGGGGAGGUGGGUGGACGGACUAAGGAAUCUGCUGCACCAGCUUUGCAGCUUCCUUAUCUCUCCCCCCCCCCAAAAAAGAUGUUCUUAAUUAAGGAAGCUCUGGGCAGCCUUUCUCUCCCCCCCCACUUUUUUUUCCUCUUCUCCCCCGAAAUAGAAAUAUUCUGUGUCCCCCAUUGCGACUUCGCUCCCUCUCUUUCUUUUAGCUCAUCCUCCAUUUUUUUCUUCCUUCCCUCCACCCGAAUCCUGUAUUUUUUUCCCCCCCUCCGGUGUGUGAUCCUGAACUGAAAAAAAAAAAAGUCUGCAGCUGCUGUAACAAAUGGCUGUCCUAAAAA